UACAAGCGACCUGAGGAAAGUGGACAGGGAGAAGGGAGCGGCAACAACAGGACUCCAGAGCGAAAGACACUCGCUGGAGAGGGAGACGCAGGAAGCGAUGAAAGAGAUGUCUGCAAACACGGCGCUGGACAGCCAGCGUCAGCAAAAGCAUUAUGGAAUUACCUCUCCAAUUAGUUUGGCAUGUCCUAAAGAAAUUGAUCAUAUUUACACACAGAAAUUAAUUGACGCCAUGAAACCAUUUGGAGUGUUUGAAGAUGAGGAAGAAUUGAACCACAGAUUGGUUGUUCUUGGUAAAUUGAACAAUUUAGUAAAAGAAUGGAUUUCUGAUGUCAGUGAGAGUAAGAAUCUCCCACCUUCUGUUGUGGCUACUGUUGGUGGUAAAAUUUUCACAUUUGGAUCCUAUAGGCUUGGAGUACACACCAAAGGAGCUGACAUUGAUGCACUUUGUGUAGCUCCAAGACACGUGGAGAGAUCUGAUUUUUUUCAGUCUUUUUUUGAAAAAUUGAAACAUCAAGAUGGCAUUAGAAACUUAAGAGCUGUAGAAGAUGCCUUUGUACCUGUUAUAAAAUUUGAAUUUGAUGGUAUUGAAAUUGAUCUAGUCUUUGCAAGAUUGGCAAUACAGACCAUAUCAGAUAAUUUAGAUCUGAGGGACGACUCUCGCCUGAGAAGCCUUGACAUAAGAUGUAUUCGCAGCUUAAAUGGUUGUAGAGUUACUGAUGAAAUUUUACAUUUAGUGCCAAAUAAAGAAACUUUUAGACUCACCCUAAGAGCAGUCAAAUUAUGGGCAAAACGGCGUGGUAUUUAUUCCAACAUGCUGGGAUUCCUUGGUGGUGUCUCCUGGGCAAUGCUGGUUGCAAGAACUUGCCAAUUAUAUCCAAAUGCAGCAGCCUCUACUUUAGUUCAUAAGUUCUUUUUAGUUUUUUCCAAGUGGGAAUGGCCAAACCCUGUGCUGCUGAAGCAACCAGAAGAAAGCAAUUUGAAUUUGCCUGUCUGGGAUCCUCGGGUAAAUCCAUCAGAUAGGUAUCAUCUCAUGCCCAUAAUCACCCCUGCCUACCCACAACAGAAUUCUACGUAUAAUGUGUCCACAUCAACUCGAACAGUAAUGGUAGAAGAAUUUAAACAAGGUCUGGCAGUCACAGAUGAAAUUCUUCAAGGGAAAUCAGACUGGUCCAAACUACUUGAGCCACCAAAUUUCUUUCAAAAGUAUAGACAUUAUAUAGUAUUGACUGCUAGCGCGUCAACAGAAGAAAACCAUCUAGAGUGGUACAACAAUUACGUAUCAAUGUGGUUCCUCGGAAUAAUUUUUCGGAGAGUAGAAAAUGCAGAAAGUGUCAACAUAGACUUGACAUAUGAUAUACAGUCAUUUACUGAUACAGUGUACAGACAAGCAAACAAUAUAAACAUGCUAAAGGAGGGAAUGAAAAUUGAAGCAACUCAUGUAAAGAAAAAACAACUUCAUCACUACCUUCCCGCAGAGAUUCUUCAAAAGAAGAAAAAGCAAAGUCUCUCUGAUGUCAAUCGAAGUUCAGGCGGACUUCCAUCCAAAAGAUCAUCUCUGGAUAGCAAUUGUCUGGAUAGCUCCAGAGACACUGAUAAUGGAACACCUUUUAAUUCCCCAGUGUCUACAAACAAAUCUUCCAAGCCUGAUAACCCUCCUGCCGGAGAAGUGGAAAGGAGUAGUGCUGAACCUACUGCUAUAAUUGUGGAGAAGCCACAGAGUGUCCCACCAGCACAAGGGCUGUCCAUUCCAGUCAUUGGUGCAAAAGUUGACUCUACAGUAAAAGCUGUAUCACCCCCAGCAGUGUGCACCAUUCCUACUGUAGUAGGACGAAAUGUCAUUCCUAGAAUUGCAACACCCCACAACCCUGCCCAGGGACAACCACAUCUGAAUGGAAUGUCAAACAUAACUAAGAAUGUUACGCCCAAGAGAUCCCAUUCCCCAUCCAUAGAUGGGUCUUCUAGACUGCCCAGUAAAGAAUUACCAGAUUCAUCAUCACCAGUUCCAGCAAAUAACAUCCGUGUCAUCAAAAAUUCCAUUCGACUGACCCUUAAUCGGUAAAAGCAGUGCCUCCUCACUUAAGUGAACAAGCUAUCAUUUAGUGGCAUAGAUGCAGCCACUCUUUUUCAGAUAGAAGUGGCUGUCACACACAAAACCAGGUGAAAGUUACAGUCAUCAGCCUAAUGACCUUGAAGUGGUUUUGAACUCUCACACUUUGACCUACAGAUGCUGUAGCAUUCUCUCACUGAUUGCUAUAUACACUUCUGAAGAUCACCUACUAUCAAAUUGUCAUCUACAGUAUUAUGGCUUUGCAUUUGGAGGUUUUACUGCCUUAACUUUCAAUGCUUGUUUCUCUGUUAUGGGAACCAGUUCUUGGCCACUUGGACACCGAUAAAACAAGUCUUGAACUCUUUUUUUUUUUUUUUUUUUAAGUCUUAUGUUGUAAUCAUUGUAUAGAGCUGAAAAUGUUGAAAAAAAAAAAAUUGUCUUGUAAUUUUCCAAAUGUUAACAUUUACUUUCACAUUGAAGCCACUUUGUGAAACCUGAGAUAAAUGAAUGUGAGGUAUCUUUUCUGCUUUCCUCAUUUGUGUAGAUGUACUGUCCUGUUGAUUUAAAUUAUUUUUUUUCCAGAUUGGCACAUGGAAUAUUUAAACUUUUAUUUUUUUGUGCCUUUCUGUCCAAAUGUUGCAUAGUUACCAGGGAGGAUUAGUCCAGUGAUUACAUAAGAGUUGGGCACCAUAAAUUCUCUAUAUUUUGCCUCCCAUGGAGGCCUUUGACAUGCAUCUUUAUUAAAAAUCAAAAUAGAACCAGGAUACUGAAAGUCAGUAUAUGAAUGGUGAAAUUGUUACAUAUCCUAUCUCAUGCCAUUCUUGUUAGUUGACUGGUAUUUUUUACUGAGGAGCAACUCAUUGCAGCAUCAACAAUAAGAUACCUUUAAGUAUGGCAAACUUGUAUUUUUGAGGUGUAAAAUUAACUUGGCAUGAUAACUCCUGACCAUUAUUUACCCCACAACUUCAAACAGUUUCUUCACAGACUAGGCAUGCAGAAAUAAGCAGUGGAUUUUAUUGAAACCUAAAGGCAUUUUUGAAUGACAUCGUUACCAACCAUUA